CCUAAUAUUUCCCAUUGACCGAGCGGCGCGUCUCUUUCUUUGGUUUGCGAUUUGGCCGCGGUGUCCCACUAAUCAGCCAUAGGGAGUGAAAGGUUAACUGGAUUCGCGCCACCCAGCUCCCACCACGGCGCCGCCGCCGCCACCUCCAUGCCCCACCCGGCGGCCGCCGCAGCUCCCCUUCAGUGGCGACCAUCGCACGCGCAGCCGCUCUCUCCCCCGCCGCUCGGCUACUCCUCCGCCAGCGCAUGGGUUCCUCCGCCUCCACCGCCGCCGCCCUCCUCGCCCUGCCCUCCCCCUCCUCAUCUUCCUCCGACGACUCCGACGACGCUGACGAAGCCAGGAUCCUCCCGCCCUCGCCCGCGCUGGAGCCGGAGGCAGCCUCCCCGCCCCCGCCCCCGCAGCAGCAGCAGCCGGCGCGGCGGUGGCUGGACCUGGAGCGCGACUGCAACAUGGCAAUGAAGGCGCUGGCGCGCGCGGGGGACGUCGCGCAGGUCGCCGACCUCUUCGCCGAGCUCGCGCACUCCGCCUCGGCCGCCGGCGCGGCGCCCGGCGUCCUCUGCUACAACACGCUCCUCAACGCGCUCGCGGAGCACGGCCGCGCGGCGGAGGCCCGCGGGGUGUUCGACGGAAUGCUCGCGGCGGGCGUGGCGCCCACCGCCUCGUCCUUCAACAUCCUCGUCAAGCUCUACGCGUGGCGGACCGCGGAGUUCCACCUCGCGUACGACGAGAUCCACGGGAUGCGGGGCCACGGGGUAGUGCCCGACGUCGGCACCUACUCCACGCUCGUCACCGGGCUGUGCCGCGCGGGGAGGCUCGACGAGGCGUGGGGCGUGCUCGAUUGGAUGCUGCAGGAGGGGUGCCGCCCGAUGGUGCACACCUACACGCCCAUCUUGCAGGGUUAUUGCCGCAAUGGCCAUAUUGAGGAGGCUAGGAAGCUCAUAGACUUUAUGGAGGGUGCCGGUUGCCCACCCAAUUCUGUCACUUACAAUAUUCUGAUCAAGGCAUUGUGUGAUGAUGGCAGAUUCGAUGAAGUCGAGCAGGUUUUAGAUGAGAUUAAAACUAAGGGCCUCAAGCCCAGUUCAGUGACCUAUAAUACAUAUAUGGAUGCUCUCAGCAAGAAAGGCAUGGGUGAGAAAGCACUUCGGCUGGUCGAGGACAUGCAAUGUGAAGGUUUGAAACUCACAGCUUUUACUUUGAGUAUUGUUAUAAACUGCUGUUGCUGGAACUCGAAGUUUUCAGAAGUCAUUCCCUUAUUAGAGAGGAGCACGGAGUUAGAUUGGUGUGCUGCUGUUGUUGCAUACAACACUGUCAUGAGCAGACUAUGUGACACGGGCAGAUGGUUGGCUAUUCUGGAGCUCUUGGCGGACAUGAUCAAGAAAGGCAUCAUCCCAAACACGCGUACGUUCAACAUUUUGAUUAAUAGUCUUUGCACCAGGGGGAAGCUUUCCAUAGUAAAGAAUCUGGUUUUUAAUCAUCGGUUUCCUGCAAAUGUUGUGACAUACAAUACACUUAUCCAUUGGUCUUACUACCAUGGGAAGGCUAGUGAUGCGGAGAACAUGUUUGAGUACAUGACACAAGUAGCCAAUAUUGCUCCAGAUGAAGUCACCUAUACCAUAAUGGUUGAUGGAUUUUGCCGACAAGGAGAAUUUGAUAAGGCUACUGAUUGUUUUAAAGGAUCUCUCAAGAAUAGACUGUCAAAGGAUCUUCUUACUGCCCUUUUAAAUAGGCUUGGUCGCAAGGAAAGAAUCUGGAACAUACUUGAUAUAUUCGAGGAAAUUGAAAGACGAGGUUUUGUCCGUGAUCACAUGAUAUUUGAGGGUACAAUUAGAUCAUUUUGUAGGUUUGGUUUUCGUCAGUACACAAAGAUGUUUAAUCUGGAAUUUCUUCUUGAUGGAAUGUUGGGACCUGGCAAGGAACUAUACCCUACCCAUAAGGGUCGAGGAAAGAGAUAAAUGAUCACAGGCAAGAUGGCAACUGGUAAAAUACCUCUUUCAAGUUUGUUGUCAGAUACAUAUGACUAGUGCUAGAAAGCUUCUAUAUGGAUUACAACACUAUAUCUCAUAUGCGAAACUACAGUUCUUUUUUCUGGGAGACAUUUCUGUGAACUUUGAAAAAACUAAAGACAAGUAUUAGAAGGACCAUUAGAGUGGAAUGGUAGUUAGUGGGUGGUCAUGAUUUAGUCCUCGAUGUGCGCUUCAAAAAUUUUGCCAUUAUUCCUGAUACUAUUGAGCCAAGACGGAUCUUAUUGAAUUUCAGUUA